CUCUUUCCUUAUGCGUUGUACAAAAGGAUGCGCGGACAUAGUCAUACAGCAGACAUUGAGUAGACAGAGCUAUGGAUAGGGAGGACAGAGCGGUGGCAGCUCCGUACUUCACGAGGAAGAACAAGGCACUGAAGCUCACUGAAGUGUUGGAGAUACUGGAGAACCCUGAUGACACACGGGCUAUAGUAACACCCCCUGCUAAACCCCAUGGAGGAGACGGGUACUUGUACAGGGUGGAGGCAGACUCGGCGGAAGAUUCCUGGGAAAAUGACAACUGCUACUUCAAGCACAAUGGUUCUCGUGAACAGCCUAAACCUGCACCCAAGGUUCUCAAGCAGGACUUCGUGGCUUAUAAAAGUGAUGGCACCACCACCGAGGCUUUUAAACGACAGGCAUACAACUUGCUCGAGGGAGACGUGAAAUAUAUAUUAGUACACUACAUUGGGAAAUGCACAGUAGCAUUAUCCGAUCCAAAAUAUGAGAAGCGUUUGGAUACAUCCCUCCACCAUGAAUCCCAGAUAGUGAACAGUUACGCGAGAAUAGCUGGUUCUGGAGAUGAAGAUGGUGGAGAUUCGGAGACCAGGGAUAUGGAAUGUGAUCAUGAUCGUGCAAAUACUAACUCUCCUACUUUCCUGGCCUCCUUAGAUGAAGUUAGCUCAAGGAAAAGGACACAUGACCCUGAUAUGGUAAAUCGUGUGAAAACUCCUAAACGUUCAGAAAACGAACGAGUAAUUGAAAACAAUUUGAUAGACAUCAUAACCACCGAAAGUGUUAGUCAUCAACAUGAUGAAAGACCGACCAACUUCAGGUCACUCACCGAAUAUUUGCUGAACAAACGUACUCAUAUCUUUAUCGCAAGACGUGUGUUGAACCAGACAAAAUACUGGGAGAAAAGCACCAGAUUUCCUACCUUUGACAGUCCAUGUUUAUCAUUAAUCGCUGACAUCGACUGUAAAUGGAGAAAUGACCUCACAGAAGUCAGUGGCAGGUUGAAGUGGUCACGACUUAACCCGGAUGUUCUCGGCGAAGACCAGUGCAAGGAGACGUAUGACAGACUGGUAUCUGCUGUCAUAGUAGGUGCAUAUCACAUGAAGACGGACAUCACAGAGUUUGUUGACACCCUCUAUAUGUAUCCACCGCAUGUGAUGGGUGACAAAGCCGUGACAGAUGACGACGAUGGGACGGAUCCUCAGAUGUGCAAGGUGGGGCCCCACAACAUACAGAGGAAUCAUCUCCUCGAUCAAACAGCAUGGCUUGGCGAUGAGGUGAUGAAUGCAUACAUGCAUGUCCUGAAGACCAUGUGGAAUAGGAUCCACAGCCGUCACUGCGCUGUACUUGAUUCCUUCCUUGUCAACCAUUGGGAGAAAGACGAGUAUGACGUGCACCCCUUCAAGGAGGAACUUGGAACUUACACGUGGAUCCUGAUGCCAGUGAACAUGCCACUGAAUCAACACUGGGUGCUUCUGGUCGCCAAUGCCCAGGAUGGAACAGUCGGCGUGGUCAACUCUAAGCCUGUCCUUGAUGUAGGGGACAAACUUAUACAACAUUGGAGAAAAUAUACUCGCAGUUUGAGGAGAGGUGAUGGGUCAGUGGUCACAUGGACAAAGACAGAAUAUCCAGUACUGAGUCAAAGAGAUGGACAUAGCUGUGGCGUGUUUGUGAAUAUGGCAGCAGAAGCUGUACUGUCGGAGGUGCCUCCCAGUGUCAUGAGAAGCUGCCACACUGUCUGGUACAGGAAGUACAUCUGGCGCAGGUUGCGAGAAUAUGCUGGUGAACAUAUUCCGCCUGAUACUGACACACAUAUGCUUGAGUCUCAAUGUGAAAAGCUGACAAAUAAUCCAGCGUCAACGAAUGCCAGAGCGUUUGCGUAUACAAUAGUCAAUAUGUCGACCAGCAUAGAUGAUACGAGAUACAGUUUGCAUAAAGCAGCCGGCCUCGGUGAUAUUAGACGCAUGCACUUGUUGAUAGACCAGGGGGAGGAUGUAGCAGGUACCGAUGACCGAGGAUGGACGCCUUUGCACUGUGCCUGUGAAAACGGUCACGUUGAAGCUGUCUCUGAUCUGAUUUCCAGGAGGACGGGCGACGUACAAAAUAGAGCUCAACUUACAUUGUACAAUCCUGUCUUGGGUACGGAGUAUAUGUAUCUAGCAGGAACAUAUCCACUCCACAUUGCUUGUUUAAAUGGACAUGAGAAUGUAGCGCACAUUUUGAUCAAUAGCGAGGCAAAUGUUGACGACAAAAGUGAAAAUGGAACAACAGCUCUUUUUCUUGCUUCUGCUAACGGACAUGAAGCUGUAGCCUCACUUCUGAUCAAGAGUGGUGCAAGUGUUACAGCUGAGAGAAAGGACGGACGGACGGCACUACAUCGAGCUUGUGAUAAUGGGCAUGACUCUGUAGCCGCACUUCUGAUCAAGAAUGGUGCAAGUGUAACAGCUGAGGACAAGGACGGAUGGACGGCACUACAUCUAGCUUGUUUGUAUGGACAUGAAUCUGUAGCCGCACUUCUGAUCAAGGAUGGUGCAAGCAUUACAGCUGAGGACAAGGACGGAUGGACGGCACUACAUCUAGCUUGUUUGUAUGGACAUGAAUCUGUAGCCGCACUUCUGAUCAAGAAUGGUGCAAGCAUUACAACUGUUAAUAAGAACAGACGGACGGCAUUACAUCGAGCUUGUCGGAAUGGACAUGAAUCUGUAGCCGCACUUCUGAUCAAGAAUGGUGCAAGUGUUACAGCAGAACAGAAGGACGGAAGGACGGCAUUACAUCUAGCUUGUGACAAUGGGCAUGAAUCUGUAGCCGCACUUCUGAUCAAGAAUGGUGCAAGCAUUACAGCUGUUAAUAAGAACAGACGGACGGCAUUACAUCUAGCUUGUAAGAAUGGACAUGAAUCUGUAGCCGCACUUCUGAUCAAGAAUGGUGCAAGUGUUACAGCUGAGGAAAAGGACGGAUGGACGGCACUAUAUGUAGCUUGUCACAAUGGACAUGAAUCUGUAGCCGCACUUCUGAUCAAGAAUGGUGCAAGUGUUACAGCUGAACACAAAGACGGAUGGACGGCAUUACAUCUUGUUUGCCAGAAUGGACAUGAAUCUGUAGCCGCACUUCUGGUCAAGGAUGGUGCAAGCGUUACAGCUGAAGACAAAGACGGAAGGACGGCAUUACAUCUAGCUUCUCAGUACGGACAUGAAUCUGUAGCCGCACUUCUGAUCAAGAAUGGUGCAAGUGUUACAGCUGAGGACAAGGACGGAUGGACGGCACUACAUCUAGCUUGUGACAACGGACAUGAAUCUGUAGCCGCACUUCUUGUCAAGGGUGGUGCAAGUGUUACAGCAGUAACGACACAUGGAGUGACGGUACUACAUCAAGCUUGUCAGAAUGGACAUGAAUCUGUAGCCGCACUUCUGAUCAAGAAUGGUGCAAGUGUUACAGCUGAGGACAAGGACGGAUGGACGGCACUACAUCUAGCUUGUGACAACGGACAUGAAUCUGUAGCCGCACUUCUGGUCAAGGAUGGUGCAAGUGUUACAGCAGUAACGACACAUGGAGUGACGGCACUACAUCUAGCUUGUCAGAAUAGACAUGAAUCUGUAGCCGCACUUCUAAUCAAGAAUGGUGCAAGUGUUACAGCUGAACACAAAGACGGAAGGACGGCAUUACAUCAAGCUUGUCAGAAUGGACAUGAAUCUGUAGCCGCACUUCUGAUCAAGAGUGGUGCAAGUGUUACAGCUGAACACAAAGCCGGAAGGACGGCAUUACAUCAAGCUUGUCAGAAUGGACAUGAAUCUGUAGCCGCACUUCUGAUCAAGAGUGGUGCAAGUGUUACAGCUGAGGAGAAGGACGGAUGGACGGCACUACAUCUAGCUUGUCAGAAUGGACAUGAAUCUGUAGCCGCACUUCUGAUCAAGAGUGGUGCAAGUGUUACAGCUGAACACAAAGCCGGAAGGACGGCAUUACAUCAAGCUUGUCAGAAUGGACAUGAAUCUGUAGCCGCACUUCUGAUCAAGAGUGGUGCAAGUGUUACAGCUGAGGAGAAGGACGGAUGGACGGCACUACAUCUAGCUUGUCAGAAUGGACAUGAAUCUGUAGCCGCACUUCUGAUCAAGAGUGGUGCAAGUGUUACAGCUGAACACAAAGACGGAAGGACGGCAUUACAUCAAGCUCGUCAGAAUGGACAUGAAUCUGUAGCCGCACUUCUGAUCAAGAGUGGUGCAAGUGUUACAGCUGAGGAGAAGGACGGAUGGACGGCACUACAUCUAGCUUGUCAGAAUGGGCAUGAAUCUGUAGCUGCACUUCUGGUCAAGAGAGGUGGAAGUAUUACAGCUGAGGACAAGGACGGAUGGAAUAAAGAGUAAAUAAUAGCCAACUUUAGUACUACUAUUACAGUCUGAAGUACGUGUAACACAUGUGGCGUCUCCUUGGGCAAGUGACUUUGUUCGAAUUGUGCCUCUUUCCACCCAGCAGUGAGCGGGUACCCGGUAGGAUGAGAUGGCAAUGUGGUUGUUAACCUUCUAGCGGCUUACAGGUACUUUUGAUUGUCUACUCUCCAUUGAGCUGAGAAUGAUUUUUGAGUGAAGACUUUUCAAUGUCUAAGCUUAGAGUAUGCUUGUGCAUGGAGAACAGCGCCAUACAAAUAACGUGGAUUUUAUGUCCGCUUUCGGGUUUGAUUUUUAUUUGUUGCAAGAAGGUGAUAGGAGUUGCCUACCAUGUCAGUUUUCGCAACUGUCCUUGUUUCAUGCACAGAGGUUCAUAUAAAACAUGAAACGUUCCCUUAAAUACUUGUCUGAUUUGUAUUACUGUUCAAUGAUAUUUAAAAUGCUUUGAAUAGUAAAAAGAAAUAUUCAGAGAAUGUUUUUGGUGCCCUUCAGCUAAAUUACAAAAUGUUAUUGAGUUACUUGUGUCUAAUACCUGAACAUGACCUUCUUUCAGUUAUGUUAUCAAUGUCAAAUAUUGAGUUAUAGAUUCAGUGCCCAGGGGACGCAACUCUGAACAGCAAAUCGCAGCGCAUCCGUGCCCCCCGAGUUAUAGAUUCAUGAUUGAAAUCAUUCUUAUAGCGCCCAAUAAUUGCUUUUAUCCUAUGAGUCAUAAAUGGUUUUGUAAAACUCACAAACUAAGUGCACACUUUUAGAAAAUAAAUACCAUGUUGAACAUU